AUGAUGAUGAGCAACUUCGUGCUAGCGCCCGACAUUGUUUCCUUCAACGCCGCGGCCUCCGCCUGCGAAAAGCGCAGUCAGUGGUGCUGGGCGUUGUGGAUAGCCUCACAGCGAGAGAGGUGCCUGCCAAAGAUGCGAGGCCCUGAGCUGCUAACCAUCAGCAACGCUUGCAUCAGUGCUUGCGCGAAGGCACGACGGCUGAGCGAAGCCUUGGCGCUGGGGCUCGAAGUUGAAGCACCAGACAAGGUGACCUACAAUGCCCUUGUGACAGCCUGUCGGUCACCCGGUGGCGAGCGCUGGGACAUGCUGUUUGCGCUGAUGCGGCGGAUGCAGAGGCGGCGGCUGCUCGCUGGGGCCGACGUCCUUGGCCCAGCCGUCGAGGCCGCUUUGGAGGCAGGCGAAGCAGCAGCAGCGAGGCCGUUGAUGAAGCGCCUCGAGCAAAGCUGCGUGUCGGAGCUGGCAGGCAGUUCUUGA